AUGUUCUCCAGCAGCAGAAUGACUCUGAACCAGUCCAGCCUGCUGUUCGGCCCACUGGAGGAGCUGCAGGAGCUCGCCUUCAUCGAGAGGCCGAUCCGACGGAGCCUCAAGACAGCAGAGGAGAUCGACCAGCUGACUGUGGAUGAAGACCUGAACGACAUUGAGAGAGCCGUCUACCUGCUCAGUGUGGGUCAGGAGGUGCAGAGAGCGAGUGUCAUCAGUAACCUGCCGAGCCUCGUCCGCCAGAAUCCAGCUGAGACAUUUCGUCGGGUCGUACCAAAGGUCCGGGAGGUCCUGAAUGGAGCUGGAGCAGAGAUCCAGCUGGCAGCAGCGGCGUCGUUCUUAACCAUCCUGCAGGACGACAUCAUCCUGAUUCACACUCACACCUUCUCCAUCCUGAAGACCGUCCUGCUGCACCUGAACCACCGAGACACAGUGGUGAGCAACGCCUGGUUGGAGACUCUGCUGUCGGCCAUCAACGCUCUCCCCAAAGAGACCAUCAAACAGGAGGUGCUGAACCCUCUCCUCUAUCAGUCUCAGCUGUCUCACUCUCUUCAGACUCGUCUGGCCAGCUGUCGCAUUUUAGGGAAAGUCGCCUGCAAGUUCGACACUCACAUAGUGAAGAAGGAGCUGCUGCCGUUGGCCCAGUCUUUGUGUCAGGAUGUGGAGUUGGAGGUUCGAGCCUGUAUGUGCCGUCAGCUGGAGAGCAUCGCCAGAGCGACGGGGGUGGACCACACCAGGACCGAGCUGCUUCCUGAACUGGUGGAGCUCGCCAGAGAUGAGGAGAGCAGCGUCCGCCUCGCCGCCUUCGACACCCUCAUAAACCUGAUGGAGAUGAUGGACAGUGAUGACAGACUCCAUGUCGUGGUUCCCAUGGUGAUGUCUGUGUGCGAGGUGUCAUCGCAGGCGGACGAAGCCAUCGUGGCAUCUUUGUCGUUCCAGUUUGGGAAGGUCUGCAGCGGACUGGAAGGCUCUCUGACUGAGGAGGAGAAGGCCCGGUUGCUGCAGAGGUUUAAGGUGCUGUGUGUUGCUGGUUUGCAGACUGAAGGAAACCAGACUGACUGCAACGAGUCAACGCUGAUCCGCUGCAACUGCUGCUACAACCUGCCGGCCAUGGUGGUGUUCGCUGACUCGGUUCACUUCCUGUCAGAGCUCUACCCGUCUUUCUCCAGUCUUUGCUGUGACCCAGAAGUCAGCGUUAGACGGAGUGCUGCAGCAAGUUUCCACCAGGUGGUGAAGCUGCUCGGUGCAAACGUCCAGCUGGUCCACAAAGAGCUCCUGGCUUUGCUGCAGGAUGAAGCUCUGGAGGUUGUGGAUGCUCUAAUGAAUCACCUGGAGGAAACUCUGGAGGCAGUUCUUUCCAGAGGAGAGAACCUGGUUCUGGACAACAAGUUCCCCGAGCUCCUCUCGGCUCUGCUGUUAGUGGAGCAGAAGGUUGGAUGCUCUCUGCGUUGGCGGCUGCAUGAGAAGCUGCUGCAGCGUUACAGCUGUCUGGCCAGACUUCUGCCUGGAGAACUGCUGCACCAGAGCUUCUCCCCGCGCAUCUUCACCAUCCUCACCACCAAUAAGGUGUUGCCGGUUCAGAGAGAGGCGGCUCGGACGUUCUGCACAUUCCUGCGUUACAACCGCAAACACGAGCAGCGCCAGGAGAUGAUGGAGCGACUGAUCCAAGAUCUGGCUCAGGGGCGGAGCUACUGGAACCGCCUGAGGUUCCUCGAUGUUUGUGAAACAGCCUCUGACAUUUUCUCCAGAAAAUACUUUAACAAGUACUUCCUAAUCCCUGCACUGGAGCUGGUCCACGACCCCGUGGCCAACGUCAGGUACAAGCUGUGCCAGCUGUUGCCCAGACUGCGGUCAUCGCUCCGCCUGCCGGCUGACAAACAACUGCUGCAGCAGCUCGACUUCUGCGUCCAGAAACUCCUCUGCAGAGAAAAAGACAAGGACGUGGUGGCCACCAUCCGCAAGACAGUGUUGGAACUGGACAAACUGGACCUUGCAGAACCUUUUCACAAGAGGCAGGAGAGGGAUUUACUGGACCAGAAGAAGGAAAAGGAGGAGACUCUGCUGCUGGAGAUGGAACAGCUGGAGCGCCAGCAGAGUGAAGGGAAACUAAACUCUGAAAAACAUACAGAGAGAAAACGGAGAGACAGUAAGACCAGUCUAUCUGCAAUCAAAUCCAUGUCUGUGUCUUCGUCUGGAGCCACCUUGUCGUCCUCGGGAAAAGAGAUGAGGAAGGCUAAACUGUCGAGGAGUCGAUCUCUCAGCAGUCAGCCGACGACGUCCAAACCUGCCAACUCAGACAGACCUCUGAAAGUGAAAGAGCUGAGCAGCAUGUCUGGACCCGGGAAGUCCUCCAUGUCAUUGAGCAAAGAUGAGCCCCUGAGGACCGCCCAUUUCUCGACUGCAACCCAGUCAUCCUCCUCCAUGCCAGUCUUGAUACGCAGCAACACCACCAGCCUACUGGAGAGGGCCAGUACACUGGACCACAGGAGAAGUAGUAUGGACCACAGGACCAGCAGCCUAGAUCAGAGGGAUCAUAGAACCAGUACACUGGACCACAGAACCUGUAACAUGGACCACAGAAACAAUAUGAUGGAGCAGAGAACAGGUACAAUGGACCAUAGAACCACUACCAUGGACCAGAGAGACCACAGGACCAGUACUAUGGACCAUAGAACCACUACCAUGGACCAGAGAGACCACAGGACAAGUACCUUGGACCAUAGAACCUCUACCAUUGACCAGAGAGACCAUAGGACCAGUACCUCGGACCAUAGAACCACUCCCAUUGACCAGAGAGACCAUAGGACCAGUACCUUGGACCAGCGCAGUAAAACGAUGGACCGAGGGUGCGGGGUGAAGAACAGCCAGUCCAGAAAGUUGUCAAUAAACAGGAAGUCAAACUCUUUCAGCGUCCAGUCGGGACGAGACUGAAGAUGAUGAUGUCAUCAUACGUCCACCAGGCCAUGAGCAAAAGACUACCCAGAAUGCAA